CACUAUAAGCUAGUACAGUUCAUGAGUGUAGAAGCUAGAAGAGAUGAAUUAAUUAGCAUACAAAAUUAUUAAUUGAUUGACGUCAAGACUGAUUUAACACUGUGGAGUACAUUGUUGUGGUGACUGUGUAUGACAGAAGUCGAUUUUUAUAGAUUCAAAAAUUACAAGUUUGAUAAAAAAGUGUAGGCAAUCAUUUUUCCAGCAAAGGAAUUCGAGCAUUCGGGAAGUUCAAUCUCGAAGCAAACAAAAUCAUGGAAGCAUUGAAUAUCAUCCUGUCGACUCAAUUGGUUAUCAUCAUCUUCUUAUCAUCAUCGGUAUCACCCAUACCCUCUAAGAAGCUACAAGGUAGCAUCCUUCCAAAUCCACCAAAACCUUCUUCAGAUAGAAUAAUUUUCAAUACAGUAAUGAAAGGUAUUAUCAAACGUCUAGCAUCUAUUGCCGGAAAAGAUGGAACAUAUACUCUGGAUGAAUCUACUGUGAGGAAAUUGAAGGAAAUUUUCCCUAGUAAAGAAUUUGUGAUAAAAUUAUUGGAAGAACUGAAAGGAGGCAGAACUAUGGAUGAGUUCGCCUUCGUUACAUUUCUGGAACAAAAUAACGGUUUCCUGGAAAAAGCACUUAAAAUCUGCUUGUACGGCCAAAACGGAACUUUAUUCGAUAAAUAUAUGAUGAUAGAGAUGUUUUCAUUGUCAGAAGCAGAUGCUUUUUCCGCUAUAGAUCAUGGGGUAAUGAUCACACCGAAACGAUUGGCUAAAAGGCUCUUUCAAUAUGCAGGAAUAACUGAAAAGGAUGCUGAACAGGUUGAAAUUUUCGAUAAAUUCAUCAAAGGCAUUAUGACUCGUUUAACAUUAAUUGCCAAUGGAGGGAGUUCUGCACAAGAACCAGUAGAAACUCUGGGUGAAUCAACUGUGAGCAAGUUGAAUAGAAAAUACCCAAAUAAUGGUACCAUCCCUGUUGCUGACAUCAAUAAUGGCACAAUUGCAACGUUUUUCUGCCUCCACAGCUGCUUCAUCUCAUUUGCCAAAGCAUUUGUGCAAAAAUUAUUGAAAGAAGUACAAGGAGGCAAAGCUUUGGAUAGAGAAGGCUUCGUACAAUUUCUGAUCCAGAAUGCAGGGUAAGUCAUUCGGUAUACU